AUGCCCCGCUCCCGUGUGAACCUGGCACACGGAAUUCCAAAGGGUUCUUCAUCCACUGUAACCAUAGCAGAGGCUGGAUCCUUCUUGCUGGAGUUUGGAAUGCUGUCUCGCCUUACCGGGCAAGAUCGCUUCGCCAAAGCUGCCAAGCGAUCAUUGCUAGCUUUUUGGAGCCGCCGAAAUACGCUGGAUUUGGUUGGCACGUCUAUUGAUGUGAACACGGGCAAUUUUGUGGAUCAACAAAGCACAACAGGACCUGGGCAAGAUUCGUUUUUCGAGUAUUUGCUGAAGGGGUACAUAUUAUUCCAAGAUUUGGAGUUGCUCGAAAUUUUUGUGAGCGCCUAUGCUGCUGUGGAAUUAUACCACAGCUUCGAAGGUUUCACAUACAAUGUCGAUAUGAACAAGGGGCUCAUGGCCAAUACGCAUUUAUCGCCUUUGGCCUGUGUGUGGGCUUCCCUGCAAGUUCUGAUUGGAGAUGUGGCCAGUGGUCUGCGGUCAGUCCUGUAUUGGUAUGGUUUGUGGAAGAAGCACGAGGCCCUCCCAGAGGUGUUUGACACCAGAGCAGAGAGCCCGACGCAAGCAAGGGAUUCACCACUUCGACCUGAGCUGAUUGAAGCGAUUUUUUACUUGUCGCUGGCCUUGCCCGGUGAUUCCAUGAUUUUUGAAAUGGCGAAAAGCCUCGCGAAUGCCAUCGACGACCAAAGCCGAGUGAACUGCGGGUUCGCUUCUGUCGCCGACGUGACGACGAAGAGGCUUGAUGACAGAAUGGAUUCAUUUUUCCUGUCAGAAACUCUGGUGUACCUGUAUUUGGCCUUGGCGCCGCCAGAAGACCUGGCCCAAGCCAUGACGUGGUUUCUGGGUGCCAGCAUUUUCACCACUGAAGGUCAUCUUUUUCCAAUUUUGCCAAGCACUUCCGACUCCUCACGCUUAGCAACUUCUACUGCAAUGCGCGGCCAGGAUCUCUACCCGUCUGCUGCUGCAAAUGCGCCUUUGCCAGUGUGUGAGGCCUUGACGCCUUUCGAGCGAGUUGCCGUUCAGCAGCGCUGCCGAACGAAAUAUUUACUUACCCCAAGCUACCAAAUGCAGAUGAAUGCAGAAACUUCACGACGAUGCCGUUCACAAGCCGUGGUCUUGAUGGUGUGGUCAGCAGGCGACUUCGCCCGGCCACUGAUGCGGAUUUCUGGUUUGGCUUCCUCGCUGGGGCGCCCUGUGCCGGUCCUCACUCUUCACGGGCAACUUCAGGACGGCAGUGGUGAUGCUCAUCCUGCAACUCUCAAUGGAGGCGACAAGGAACAGCUGCCGCAGCACGCGCUGGCACUGCUCAGACUGGACUUGGAGCAGAGCCCAGGGCGAAUGCCACAUUUCAGCAGUUCACCAGUUCGACUAGAACCGCUACGACGUUUGUUUGCGACGCGCGGUGUGGUGGCAGCGCAGCCGCUGAAUGCAUGCGCUGACCUUCAAGCGCCGGCUGGGAAUCAGCAUGCAUCGGAGGCAGCAUACGCCGGGCGACUCGUGAUAAUCUCUCGCGGGGGCUGUUUGUUUGUCCAGAAGCUGCUUCGAGCACAGCUGGCUGGGGCAUCAGGCGUCAUCGUCAUCAACUCCGAGAAUCAUGACAGUGAUGACAUGUCCAAACCAAGAGCGAGGCGGCGGAAGCGAGGCCGAGCACAUCAAAGCACAGUGAGGACCAACAAGGUCAGAGGUGGUGGCGCCAUGGUGAGCGCAGACCUUGAACUGCGAAAGCGAAAGUUUGACGAUGAUGACGUCGAGCCGCAGCUCGACCCAGAUGAGGAUGAGGCCUACGAAGACUAUGUUCCAGUAAAGAAGCGCAAGGCUGUAAUGAAAGAAAAACUCGUCUCAGACAGGCAGAAGGAAAGACGAGAAGAAGCAGAAAGAGUCAUGCGGGAAAGACUUGCGGAGGAGAAGAAGAAGCGUGGCAUUGCGAACUCCUUGCUUGCAGUUUCAGCAAAACUUAAAGCAGAGGAGGAGGCCAACAAGGACUCCCGUGAAGCGGCUAUCAAGGAAAGCAUAAGAAAUGAAGAGGAUCAGCUGCUUGAGCAGGUCCAGCUGCAGAUGAGCACUCCUUUGAUGUCAGUGCGUGAGCGGGCAAAAGGCAUCAUGUACAAAGAGAGGAUGCCAGCCAUCGGCGAUUGGCGUCCAAUACAGAAGUACCGCGACAUGCCGGAAACAGAACGCGCCUCUGUGCGCGAGAAGUACUUCAUCGAGGUAAAUGGCACUGAUGUGCCAGCACCUAUCAAGCGCUUCGAGGAAAUGCGAAUUCCCCGCGGCAUUCUUGAAGGCUUGAAGGCGAAAGGAAUCAUCAGGCCAACUCAAAUCCAGAUGCAAGGCAUUCCCGCGGGACUAAUGGGCCGCGACAUUAUUGGAAUUGCUUUCACUGGCAGCGGCAAGACACUUGUGUUUGGGCUGCCGAUGAUCAUGUGCGCGCUGGAACAGGAGCUAAGAGCUCGUGUGCAACCGACAGAGGGCCCUUUUGGGCUCAUCAUUGCCCCAUCGCGUGAGCUCGCACAUCAGACGUACGAGGUGUUGGAGUUCUACACUGACCACUUGGCUGAGUACCACAAGGAGUUCCCAAAGCUGAGAUCCGUUUUGACGAUCGGCGGUCUUAGUACCGGAACGCAAGCGCAGGCAAUCAAAAAAGGUUGUCACAUGGUAGUCGCCACGCCUGGUCGACUGAAUGACCUACUCAACAAGAAGCGUAUGUCAUUGGCACAGUGCCAAGUGCUCGUGUUAGACGAAGCCGAUCGGAUGAUUGACCUAGGCUUUGAGGAAGAGAUUCGCAACACCUUGGACCAUUACCGAGGUCAGAGACAGACGCUUCUUUUCAGUGCAACCAUGCCGAAGAAGAUCCAGGAUUUCGCCAAAACCGCACUGGUAGAUGCGGUGGUAAUCAACGUGGGCCGUGCUGGCGCCGCCAACCUGGAUGUCAUCCAAGAGGUUGAGUACGUCAAACAGGAGGCUAAGCUGGUCUACCUCCUGAAGUGCCUGCAGAAGACACCGCCUCCCGUGCUGAUAUUUUGCGAGAACAAGUCAGAUGUGGAUGAUGUCCAUGAGUACUUGCUGUUGAAAAGCGUGGAGGUGGUGGCCAUUCACGGAGGCCUUGACCAGGAGGAGCGUCACGAGGCGAUCCGUUCCUUCAAGGAGGGCUCAAAGGAUGUCCUGAUUGGCACAGAUGUGGCGUCCAAGGGGCUGGACUUCCCAGCCAUUCAGCAUGUGAUCAACUUUGACAUGCCGAAAGAGAUUGAGAAUUACGUGCACCGCAUCGGCCGCACAGGUCGAUGUGGACGAACGGGCGUGGCCACAACGUUCGUCAACAAGAACCAGGAUGAAACCAUCCUGCUGGACUUGAAGGCCUUGCUGUUAGAAGCAGGCCAACACGUUCCUCCCUUCCUCAUGCAGCUGGAGACGGGCGGUGGGGGCAGAGAAGAGGAGGAAAUUGGUGGCGUCAAGGGCUGCGCUUACUGUGGGGGACUUGGACACCGCAUUUCGGACUGCCCAAAGCUGGAGACAACCAGACAGAAAACAACAUCAGCCACAAAGGACUACCUCACAACAGGCGCUGCCCGCUACACGGGUGCAGAAGGCUAUGCCGGCGACUGGUGA